GUAUCAAGGUAGAGGUUAUUCGCCAUAAGACUCGGUUUCUCGACUUGGACGAAAGACGUGUGUACCGGACGAGCAAGUUGUUUAGGUUAACAAGAACAAAGAACCAUGUAUGGUUACGGAAGAACACGUGGUAGCACGGGUACCAUGCCCGGUAAUAUGAUUACCAGUAAUGGUAGAAGUUCUCCUAGGUAUAGCUCGGAACGGUACAAUGACUACAUGCGAGAUCUCUUGGAGAAAAUGCGAGAGGAGUACGAGAGGAGGCGACUGGAAAGACUGGGACUUGACCGACUUGACGGUGGUCCAUCAGCAAUAGAAGUGGACACCGUGGAAUUUUAUCCAAGGGAUAAUGCUCGCGAACACAACACUUUCAUGUAUGAUCUUGUGGAAGGUGUCAAGCCUGCCCUGAUUCUUCGUCGUGGUCAGCCUUUUUACUUAGCAAUUCGAUUUAAAAGAAACUACAAUCCACAGCAAGACCGUCUGAAGCUGGAAAUUGGUUUUGGGCCACAACCACUAAUUACUAAAGGCACUUUGGUAAUGUUGCCUGUCUCUGGCAGCGACUCCUUUACUAAGGAUAAAGCCCAAUGGGACGUUCGACUACACCACCACGAUGGCGCUGUGAUCACUCUUCAAAUACAGAUUCCUGCUACUGUUGCAGUUGGAGUUUGGAAAAUGAAAGUUAUUACCCAGUUGAUUUCCAGAGGCCAACCAAAUUUGUCUCCAGUCACUCACGAAUGCAAAGAUAAUUUAUAUGUACUGUUUAAUCCAUGGUGUAAAGAGGAUUCAGUGUACAUGGAAGACGAACUAAAGAGAAAGGAAUAUGUUCUGAAUGAUGUCGGAAAGAUUUUCACUGGUUCCUUCAAACAACCGGUUGGACGACGCUGGAUUUUUGGACAGUUUACAGAUUCAGUGCUUCCAGCCUGUAUGUUGAUCCUGGAACGUUCUGGACUUGACUACACGGCUAGGUCGAACCCAAUUAAAGUAGUCCGAGCUAUAUCUGCGAUGAUAAACAACAUAGACGACAAAGGGGUACUAGAAGGAAGAUGGCAAGAGCCUUAUGACGAUGGUGUUGCACCUUGGAUGUGGACUGGAAGUUCUGCCAUCUUGGAACAAUACCUGAAAACUGGAGGAGUUCCAGUGAAAUAUGGACAGUGUUGGGUGUUUGCUGGAGUAUCAAACACUGUGUCUCGAGCCUUGGGCCUACCCAGCAGGACUGUGACCAACUAUGAGUCAGCCCAUGACACAGAUGAUACCUUGACCAUCGACAAAUGGUUUGACAAAAACGGGGAUAAAAUUGAUGAUGCCACGAGUGAUUCAAUUUGGAAUUUCCAUGUUUGGAAUGACUGCUGGAUGGCGAGACCUGAUUUACCUACAGGAUAUGGAGGAUGGCAAGCAUUUGAUGCUACACCACAAGAAACCAGUGAAGGCGUGUAUCAGACAGGACCUGCUUCGUUACUAGCUAUUCAAAGAGGAGAAAUAGGUUAUAUGUAUGACUCCCCUUUUGUGUUUUCCGAAGUCAACGCAGACAUUGUACAUUGGCAAGAAGAUGAUACUAGUGAGAUAGGCUGGAAAAAGCUCAAAAGCGACCGCUAUCAAGUGGGACGUCUUAUUCUCACCAAGAAAAUUGGGGUAGAUGAUGACAUUGGAGAUACUGAUGCAGAAGAUAUCACGGCCCAAUAUAAAAACAAAGAGGGAACUUACGAAGAACGAAUGGCUGUGCUGAACGCAGCCAGAAACACCGGUUUCAAUUACGCGUACGAUCUUCCAUCUCCAGAGAAAGAAGAUGUUUCUUUUGUCCUAUUGGACAUCGAGAAGGUGAUGAUUGGUCAACCUUUUCACGUGACUGUGAACGUCCAAAACAAAAGCAGCGAGACGAGAACAGUGUCGGCUGUCCUCUCAGCCAGCAGUGUUUACUACACAGGAAUAACGGCGAGAAAAAUUAAACGGGAAAAUGGAAACUUCUCUCUCCAACCUCAUCAAAAGGAAAUUUUAUCUAUCAAGGUGUCUCCAGAUGAAUAUCUGGACAAACUGGUUGAUUACGCAAUGGUCAAGCUUUACGCUAUAGCCACGGUGAAGGAGACCCAACAGACGUGGUCAGAAGAAGACGAUUUCAUGGUUGAGAAGCCGAAUUUAGAACUGGAGAUUCGCGGAAAUCUCCAGGUGGGUACGUAUUUUGUACUUGCAAUCAGUUUGACCAACCCACUGAAACGUGUGCUGGACAACUGUUUCUUCACUAUCGAAGCUCCAGGGGUGACUGGACCGUUCCGGGCUAAGUACAGGGAUAUUCAACCUGGAGAAGUUGCCGUCCACACAGUGCGGCUCAUCCCUCAAAAACCAGGCCCAAGAAAGAUCGUCGCUACCUUCAGUAGCCGGCAGCUGAUACAGAUAGUUGGAUCUAAGCAAGUCGAAGUGCUAGGCUAGGACUGAUCUGCGAGUCGAAAGUCGCUUUCUUUCAUGUUAAAUAUUAUGUUCAAUUGUUUCUUGUAGAACUUAGUAACAACUAGUGUAGACGGUCAUUUUAUAUAUAUUAAAUUUUCUUUUUUAAUUAUCUAAUGUCCAGCUACUUUCACGAUUAGAAAUUUAAGUAUUAAUAAUCAAACCCGAUGAUAGCACAACGAUAUUAAUAGCAUGUAGUUUCUCCUUUGAAUAUCAUUUAACGUAACCCAUUAAUUCGUAUUCUUUUAUAUGUCUAUGAUAUUGGUUCGGUUUGUAUUUAAUUGUAUAUCUUUAAUAAAAUUUACAUUUAGUUAAGAAAAUAAAAUGAGGAUAGUAAGUAUUUAGCCAACUUCCUCUAUUUGGAUGAUCCAGUUUAAGAUCAAAUUGUUUGUCACAUUGCAUAAAAUUAAGUUUUUUUUUUUUAUUACUUCACGGGCAGUUAAUAUAAAUCUUUAUGUUCUUUGUAUUUUUUACUAAAGUGUAAGUUAAGUUUUACAAUAUAAACCAUUUCCAAUCUCAUUUAAGAUUCGAAACUAACGUUGUGAUAUUAACAUUUGCUAUUAAAGAAUAUAAAUACUUAAUUCUUUCCCAAGCAAAGUUGAAAUUAAUUAUUAGUCGGUAUAUAAACGUCUUUCAAAACAAAAUAUUUUUACCUUUAUUGUUCAUUAAAACGUUGAUUUCUACUUAUUGUAUUUUAUGGGGGGGGGGGGAUACGGAAAGUUGGAUUGUGCAUUACUAAUUGAGUUGAUUGGGUGCUUAUGUCAGUUACGUGUCAACAAUCAUGUUUAAGUAUACAUAUAUUUCGUAAGGCAUUGUAUUUUAUGUAUCAUUGCAAUGAAUCAAUUAACUUUUAUAACAUGAUGGAACCUAUUACGUUAGAUCUGUUAAUAUAAUUUUUCCAAUUUCCUCAUAACAAACGGAUAGACGAACAAAGAUAUUUCCAGUUUGUUUUUUUUUCCAGUGAUAAAACGAUUUUAUUAUUAGUUUAUACUUCCUUAAAAAACAUUAAUGUAAUUGUUGUAUUUUUUAUAUUAUGUUUGAAGAAUUAUUUUGAUUUUAACAUAUUCCCUUGUACUAACUUUUGAAUUGGUGAACCAAUUAAAAUAUAAUAUAAACGCAUUGAUUGCAUUUUGAGGGCUAAACUCUCGAUUAUUUACGUAGGAUAUAAACUUGUUUGUCAUUGAUAUAUAUUGUAAUUAGAUUUAUUUCUUAAUUGUAUCCAUGCCCAUGCUAUGUGUAUGAAGUUCAUUUUUUGAACGAAAUAAAAUUAUUAUAUUCUUCA